CAGGGCCAGCCGAUUGCUACGUGUCUUGAAAGUGCUUUUUAAAAAGCCUCAUUCGGUUUAAAAGGCAGCCGUAAAGAGUUUGGUGGUAAGAACUUUGCCGAACCACCAGACCCUGCAGCUGUCUUUCUGCGUGUGAAGCGGUUCGAGCCCGGUGUCCAGCUGUCCGUGAGUGGUGCGAAAUGUCUGGAGUGAAAAAGCUUCGUACGGACCUCAUCAGGUCAACCAACGUGGUGUACCAGGCACACCAUGUCAGUCGGAACAAGAGAGGGCAGGUUGUGGGCACUAGGGGGGGCUUCAGAGGCUGCACCAUCUGGCUCACAGGUUUGUCUGGCGCUGGAAAGACAACUAUUAGUUUUGCCUUGGAAGAGUAUCUUGUAUCCCACGCCAUUCCAUGCUACUCACUGGAUGGAGACAACAUCCGCCAUGGCCUAAACAAGAAUCUGGGCUUUUCUGAUGAGGACCGGGAGGAAAACAUUCGACGUGUCGCUGAAGUGGCAAAACUCUUUGCUGAUGCCGGUCUUGUUUGUAUCACCAGUUUCAUCUCACCUUUCUCCAAGGACCGUAAAGAGGCGAGGGAGAUCCAUGAGGGUGCCGGGCUAAAGUUUUUUGAAGUCUUCGUCCACGCUCCUCUUGAAGUGUGUGAGUUCCGGGAUGUAAAAGGACUUUACAAGAAGGCCCGUGCUGGAGAGAUUAAAGGUUUUACCGGGAUUGACUCAGAGUACGAACGGCCAGAGGCACCGGAGCUUGUUCUGAAAACUGGAGAGCUCACUGUGAACGAAUGCAUUCACCAGCUGCUGGAGCUGCUCCAGGAUCAGAACAUCGUGCCAAGUGAGAUCAUGGAGGAAGUGAAUGAGCUCUUUGUCCCGGAGAACAAGCUGAAUCUUGCCUUGGCCGAUGCAAGCGCGCUGCCCACUAUCAGCAUCACCAAGCUGGAUCUAGAGUGGGUGCAGGUCUUAGCUGAAGGCUGGGCAAGCCCUCUGAAGGGCUUCAUGAGGGAAAGAGAGCUCCUCCAGGUCCUGCACUUUGGCAGCCUGCUAGAUGGCGGGGCCAUCAACAUGUCGAUUCCUAUCGUGCUGCCUGUUAGCACUGAGACCAAGCAGGAGCUGGAGGGGUGUGCAGCCAUAGCUCUGGAGUACCAGGGUUCUUGUGUUGCUAUCCUGAGGAACCCUGAGUUCUACGCACAUCGCAAGGAGGAACGCUGCGCCAGACAGUUUGGCACCACAUGUCCACAGCACCCAUACAUUAAGAUGAUUAUGGAAGGAGGUGACUGGCUGGUGGGCGGUGACCUGGAGGUGUUGGAGCGGAUCAAAUGGAAUGAUGGAUUGGAUCAGUACCGUCUCACUCCUAAGGAGCUCAAGCAGAAGUUUAAAGACAUGCAAGCAGAUGCAAUUUUCGCUUUCCAGCUGCGCAAUCCAGUCCACAAUGGUCACGCCCUGCUCAUGCAGGACACCAAGAGGCGUCUCCUCGAGCGCGGCUACAAGAACCCAGUCCUCCUACUUCACCCGCUCGGUGGCUGGACCAAAGAUGAUGAUGUGCCUCUGAGCUGGAGGAUGACUCAGCACGCCGCCAUCCUAGAGGAGGGCGUCCUGGAUCCAUCCAGCACUAUCGUGGCCAUCUUCCCCUCACCUAUGAUGUACGCUGGACCUACAGAGGUGCAAUGGCACUGCAGAGCUAGAAUGAUUGCCGGAGCAAACUUUUACAUCGUUGGUCGCGACCCAGCUGGCAUGCCUCAUCCUGUGACGAAGCAGGAUUUGUAUGAACCCACACAUGGAAGAAAGGUCCUCACCAUGGCCCCCGGCCUCACCUCUGUGGAGAUCAUCCCUUUCAGAGUUGCUGCUUACAACAAGACCAAGAAGAUAAUGGACUUUUACGACCCUGAAUGUCAUGCAGAUUUCGAGUUCAUCUCUGGAACCAAGAUGAGGAGCUUGGCUCUGAGUGGGGAGGACCCUCCCGAUGGCUUCAUGGCCCUCAAGGCCUGGAAGGUGUUGGUGGAGUACUACUCCUCUCUUCAGAAAAACAACUAAUCGUUUCACAGUCCACACUCAAAUUACAAUGUUUAUUCUUAAACUGAGGCAAGAAAUACUGUACACUAUUUCCUUUUGGAGGUAUUUUAGCUGGUAUGGAUUUCUAUAAAUAAUGAGAUAUUCUUGCAUGUUUUUUUUUUUGUUUUGUUUUAUUCUGAAGUUAAAUGAUAUUUACAUUCCUAUGAAAGCAUACCAGUUUAUAAACCCAUUAUUUGUUAAAUGCAUAUUAACUUAAGCUAUAUAUUUUAAUAACUUAAAAGUAACAUGAGAUUCUUUUUUAUAUAAAUUUUGAAGCACAUGCCAAGAACGGGAACUUAUUUUUUAAUAUUUACAUAUCUGAAGGAAACAGUAUUUGUAUUUAAAGUAGAUUUUCAGAUUUGCAGCCUUUAACAUGACUAUAAUACCAGUGUCUGUCAAGUUAUAUGUAAUGAUCUGAAUGUAGUUUUUUCACGGCAUACGAUGCCUACCUGUCUAAGUACGGCUGUUUUAAUAAUGUGAAAAAUGCCUUUUUCUUGUCAUUUUCAAAAACAGUAACUGUUCAUUCUUGCUGGCAUUUAACUGUAGUUUCCUUGAGGUUUGUGUGGUAUUAUGAUGUGGGCCUGUGUAUUCAUGUGACAAAGGCUUAGUUUUAAACGAAGAGGGUGUUUGACUUCUAGUAAUGUGAAUAAAUUGUUUCUAUGAAUCAUCAGUA